GUCUUUAAGCAACAGGGAUAUAUACAGUCAGCCUUGCCAAUGAUGAAGGAACAAAAAAUUCACCUGCCGUUAAAAUCAACGACGGUAGGCUGCUAAAUGCUUACUUAAUAUGUUAGUUAUUCGCUUUACAGGGGCAGUGGCUGCCUGCAGAGCUGAAUUAAAUAAAACCCAUAAAUACUAAUAAGGGAGAGAUGACAAUGCCGAUCCACUUCCUGCUGGUCCUGCUGCUGCUCCUGGGGGGCCCCAGGACAGGCCUCCCCCACAAGUUCUACAAGGCCAAGCCCAACUUCAGCUGCCUCAACACCGCCCUGUCUGAGACCGAGAAGAGCCAGGGGCAGGACGCAUCCCUGCUGAGCAAAAGGAGCUUCCAUCAUCUGCCCAGCCAAGACACCUCUUCAGGAGUGGAGGAGGAGGGCAAAGGGAAAAGGACUUUCCUCCUCUCCGGGGCCAGGGGCGGAGCUGGGGGCACCCGGUACAAAUACGUGUCCCAGGCACAGCCCAGGGGAAAGGCACACCAGGACACAGCCAAGAGUCCCCAGCGCACCAAGUUCACCCUGUCCCUCGACGUCCCCACCAACAUCAUGAACCACCUCUUCAGCAUCGCCAAGGCCAAGAACCUGCGUGCCCAGGCCGCUGCCAACGCCCACCUGAUGGCACAGAUUGGGAGGAAGAAGUAGAGGCAGAAGCCAGACAGGAGGGAGGCAUCAAGGAUAGAGGGCGAGGG